AUGUCGCGAAGUGGUAGUAAAUCCGAUGCAACGGAUGCCUUUCGAAGUGGAUCUAAUGAAAGUGGAGUGAUGAAAGGAGUAAAUGCUACUGGUGGUGAUGGUGGUGGUAAUCCGGAUGUGGUGACAUUGGAGGAAACUGUGGAAGGACAUACCUGCAGAACGUGUCAAGGUUCUGAUACCGACGAAAUGGUCCAGUGCGACGUAUGUGAUGGAUGGCACCACUUUUCAUGUGUAGGCGUAUCGGAGGAAGUUGCCGACAAGAGCUGGAGUUGUACAAACUGCGUGACUGCGAAAUGGAUCCAGCGAACUAAGGCAGCUUCGGAUGGAGCACCUAUAAGGGAUGACGUCAUUCAACAUCGGAGAUCGCUGCAAGAUCUAAGCAUCGGGAAGAUCGUGACAAGUACCCGUGGCAAUCCAGUGAUUCCUUCAGUUUCAGCAUCACAAAAGUCAGCUAAGUCGUUGACAGUUCCGUCAACCAGUCAGCAGCCAGCGCCUUUAGACUCAGUGUUUUGUCAACCAAAGCAGAAGUCAUCGUUGCCUGGCGUAGAUGUGCCAGUAAUCGUUGCAGAGGAGGCGUUUUCCGAGAUUUCCAUAUCCUCUUCACAAAAAUCUGCGAGAAACCGCGCCAAGCUUCAGCUGAUGAGAUUGCAGGAAGAACGAGCAUUUCAGCAGCAGCAAGAAGAGCGCCGAAGACUCGCUGAGGAAAAGGCAGCCCAGGAGUAUAAGGAAUAUCUGGACAACAAGUAUAAAAUUCUGGAGGACCUGGCGAGCGAAAAAGGAUCGAGUCGGAGCUCUAACUCUUCUCGUCGUCGGGUUGAAGAAUGGGUGCAAACAACUAACCCUGCACCCUUAGAGAUAGCCAAACCCGUCACUCAGGAACAAGCCCGUGAACAUGACGGCUUGCAAGAACAGCUACGUCAAGAGCAGCUUCAGGAGAAACAACAGCACCAGGAAACAGCCUUUCAAGAGCAACAACGGCAACAACGGUCGCACGCAGAACAGCUACGAAAGCAGCAACAGAAGCAGUUGGAGAGAGAGCAAAAAUUUCGGCAGUUUCAACAGCAUCAGCGGCAGGAGCAAAUACGCCAGGAGAAUCUUUUGCGACAGCAACAGGAAGAGUUAAAGAAGGAAGCGGAUGCCAUCAAUCGAAUGUGGGAACAGCAGUUGGAAAAGGAGAAAAUUCUACGCGAUCAACAACAACAGCUAGCGGAUGGUCAAAGGGUCAUGCGACGACCGGGAAAUAUAAUUCUGUCCAACCAGAUGCCAGAUCCACAACUCAACCCCCCACCGGAGAAUCUGGAAGAAGGGUUCUGCAGAGAGUCGAUACGUGGGCAUCCUGGUCAAUUCCUACCAGAUGCCCUACCACAGUCGACGCAGCUUCAUCCGAUAGAAUUGGAUUACCCGCAUAGGUCAGCUGCGAAUCCUAUCGAUAGACAGAGUAGGAGGCAUUCAAUAAACUCUUCUAUUGUGGAUGAUGAUGACCAGUUCCAGCUUUCCCGCUCUCAAGUUGCAGCACGACAAGCAGUCUCCAAAGAUUUACCUACGUUUUCGGGCGAUCCCGAGGAGUGGCCAGUUUUCAUAUCCAUGUACAAUCGAACGACUACGAUGUGCGGAUUUACGGAGGAUGAAAACAUAGUUCGACUACAGAAAAGCCUGAAAGGAAGAGCUUAUGAUGCUGUCAAAAGUCGGCUGAUGCAUUCCGGAAACGUUCCUGGCAUUUUAUCAACAUUGAAGAUGCUGUUUGGUCAGCCCGAAGUAAUCAUACAAUCGCUGAUUCGUAAGGUGGGCUCUUUAUCGCCAAUCCGGGAAGACAAGCUGGAAACGCUAGUGGACUUUGCGGUGAACGUUCAAAACUUCUGUGCCACUGUAGACGCGUGUGGACUGCAGGAGUACAUGUAUAAUAUUACUUUACUACACCAGCUUGUCGGAAAGCUACCACCGUCGCUUAAACUCAACUGGGCACAGCAUCGUCGAACACUGUCAACGGUCAACCUGGCGACCUUCAGUGAGUGGAUUUAUGGCUUGGCGGAAGCAGCGAGUGUUGUUGUAUUCCCCUUGGCGGUUCAAGACGAGAAGCCAACUCGAAAUGCACACGGGAAUAAGAAAGGAAACACGUACCUUAACGCCCAUUCUGAAACCUUUCAUCCUAAAAAGAAUUACAGCAGCGACUUCGAAGAACCACCAACGGCAGAAUCAACAUCGUACCAGGAAGCCUGCCCAAUCUGCAGGAGAAGUUGCAAGUCGGCUGAUAAGUGCAAUCGUUUUCUGGAGCUCUCUAGAGAAUCGCGCUGGGCCGCCGUAAGGGAAUUUGGCUACUGCCGUACAUGUCUGCGCAUCCAUAAAGGAUACUGCAAAGCGAAACCGUGUGGCAAAGACGGAUGCACCUACCGGCACCACGAGCUGCUGCACAACGAUUCGAAGGACAAGCCGAAAAGCACCGAAACUACGGCCAGGCGUGAGCAAUCUCCGCAACCCAGCACUAGCAAGUCUGGAUGCAACACCCAUCAGACAACCGUCAGCUCAGUAUUGUUCCGUUAUCUCCCAGUAGUGUUGUACGGAAACAAGAGAGCAAUACGCACGUAUGCAUUCUUAGAUGAAGGUUCUGCAUUAACGCUGCUCGAUCAGGAGCUUGCUAACGAGCUUCAGCUUGAUGGCACUGUAAGCCCUCUGUGUCUCCGGUGGACUGGAGGAACUGAACGACACGAGGCGGAUUCUCGCAUCUACAAUCUUCACAUUGGUGGUGUUAAGAACGAAAGCAAGAAAUUCCUCUUGAGUGACGUGAGGACGGUGAAAGAGCUACUGUUGCCCCAGCAAACGAUGGACAUGGCUGAGUUGUCACAGUUGUAUCCACACCUCCAAGAUCUGCCGAUCGAAUCUUAUCGCGACGCUCGUCCACGCAUUCUUAUAGGGAUGAAGCACGCCCAGCUCAGUCUUGGCCUGAAAAAUCGUGAAGGGGGAAUCGGUCAACCAAUCGCUAUAAAGACACGCCUCGGAUGGACGGUAUGCGGAGGAUGGGGUUCCGGGAGCGACGCCAACCUACACCAUUACACCUUCCACGUUUGCCCCUGUAGUGUGAAGUCAGACGAGGACUUGCAUCAGGCUAUGAAGGACUACUUUUCAUUAGACAGUCUCGGGGUGGCUAAACCGGAGAAGGUGCUUUUAUCCGUUGAAGAUGAACGAGCAUUUUUAUUGCUUCAGUCGCUGACCCGUCGUAAAGAUAAUCGAUACGAGUCCGGAUUGCUGUGGCGAUACGAUGACACCCGAUUGCCAGACAGUCAAUCAAUGGCGCUGCGUCGAUUGCAGUGCCUAAAGAAACGGAUGGAGAAAGACCCGGAAAUGUCAAAGAUCCUGCAAUCAAAGAUAACCGAGUAUGUGGAGAAGGAGUACAUCCGGAAGCUUACAGACGAAGAAAUCAACCAGAAGAUUCCACGACGCUGGUAUUUGCCAAUUUUUCCCGUAACCAACCCAAACAAACCUGGGAAAGUGCGAAUUGUGUGGGACGCAGCAGCUAUCGCUCACGGCAUGUCCUUGAACUCAGCGCUGGUAAAAGGACCGGAUCUGUUGAGCUCACUUCUCGCAAUUCUACUUCAGUUUCGGGAACGCCGCAUCGGACUGACUGGUGAUAUCCGUGAAAUGUUCCACCAGGUACUGAUCCGAGCCGAAGACCAGUUAUGUCAGUGUUUCUUCUGGAUAGACGACCAUGGAGCCAUAGUAGUGUACGUGAUGCAGGUUAUGACAUUCGGGGCUUGCUGCUCCCCAAGCACUGCACAGUUCGUGAAAAAUACCAAUGCGGAAAGAUUCGCGAACAAAUAUCCAGCUGCAUGCGAAGCUAUCAUGAAGUCUCAUUACGUAGAUGACAUGCUCGUCAGUGUGGAUACAGAAGAGCAAGCGAUCCAGUUGGCGAAAGACGUUAAGCAUGUACACGAGCAGGGUGGCUUUGAGAUCCGAAAUUGGGUAAGUAACUCGAGAAAAGUACUUUCAUCGCUACAGGAGGCAAACACCGACGAAAAAUGUCUCGACUUAUCUCCAGAGCUGGCCACUGAGAAGGUGUUAGGCAUGUGGUGGAACACGAGCGACGACGUCUUUACCUACAAAGUCGGAUGGAGCCGCUACGACCCGGCUCUGCUAGAAGGCCAACGACGUCCGACGAAGCGGGAAGUGCUGCGUGUUCUAAUGACCAUUUUCGAUCCGCUCGGCUUGAUUUCCCACUUUCUAUCGUUCCUGAAGAUCCUGCUCCAGCAAAUCUGGCGGUCCGGUGUGCAAUGGGACGAAGAAAUCGACGACAAUGCAAACGAAAAAUGGAACACAUGGCUGCAAGUUCUACCUAGAGUUGAACAGGUUCAAAUCCCUCGAUGCUAUAACUCCAAAUACCCCGCGGAAGAAGCCGACGAUAUCCAACUCCACACGAUGGUGGAUGCCAGCGAAAAUGGCAUGGCCGCCGUUUGCUAUUUGCGUUUCGUCAAGACCGGAACGAUCAUCUGCUCCAUCGUCGCCGCAAAAACAAGAGUCGCACCGCUUAAGUUUACGUCGAUCCCAAGGAUGGAACUAGCAGCUGCUGUCCUUGGCGCCCGUUUGGCUCGCGCUGUCGAAGGAUCGCUGUCCAUCCAGAUCUGCAGGAAGGUGUACUGGUCAGAUUCCCGAGACGUCCUAUGCUGGAUCAACUCGGACCAUCGCCGCUAUAGUCAAUACGUUGGUCACAGGAUCAGUGAUAUUGUAGAGAUUUCGGAAGCACGUGAAUGGCGGUGGGUCCCGAGCAAGCUAAACUGCGCUGACGACGCUACCAAGUGGAGUAGCCUACCAGAUAUGUCAUCAGAUCAUAGAUGGUUCAAAGGAGCAGACUUUCUCUGGCGCGCUGAAGAAGAUUGGCCGCCAUCGCCAACACUUAGUGGAUCUACCGAGACCGAACUUCGCCCUUCCUUUCUGGGUCAUCACGCACCGUCGGAACCCGUCAUCAGUGUCUGCAAAUACUCAAGCUGGAAGAGGCUGGUUAAAGUUGCAGCACUCGUUCAUCGUUUCGCGAAUAACUGUCGCCUAAAGCACGCCAGGAGAUCGAUUAACACGGCACCACUUACAGCAAAUGACAUGCUGAUCGCCGAGAGUUCGCUGAUACGACUCGCGCAACGGGAAACGUACCCCGACGAAGUUGCUGCUCUUCAGAAAGCCAAAGCCGAUUCUUCCACAAGUACUGUCCCUAAAACCAGCUCUCUAUACCAGUUAUCGCCAUGGUUGGACGAACGUGGAGUCCUGCGCAUGCGAACGCGGAUUGCUGCUUGUCACUACGCCACCGAUGAUGCGAAGCAGCCAAUCAUUCUCAAUCGAAAUCACCACACCACCACCCUGAUCGUAGCAUACUACCACCACAAAUACCACCACCAAAACCACGAAACCGUUAUCAAUGAAAUACGGCAGAAGUUUCACAUCCCUCAUCUACGCGCCUGUUACGAGCGAGUACGGAAGGAUUGCCAGUGGUGCAAGAACCAGCACACAACACCUAGCCCACCAUAUAUGGCCGAUCUUCCGCCAGCCCGCCUCGCUGCAUUUUCACGACCAUUUACGCAUGUCGGAGUUGACUAUUUCGGGCCGGUUGAAGUUGUCGUCGGAAGAAGGGUUGAGAAGCGGUGGGCAAUGUUAGCCACUUGUCUGACGGUGCGGGCAAUCCACAUUGAAGUUGUACAUUCGCUUAGCACAAGCUCCUGCAUCAUGGCGAUCCGUAACUUCAUUGCACGGCGUGGCACUCCCCAGAAGAUUUACAGUGACCGUGGUACGAACUUCAUCGGUGCAAAUCGGGAACUGAAGCAAGCCAACGAAGCAGUAAACCAACACGAACUGAUGAGAGAGUUCACGAGCUCUGGGAUUGAGUGGGUGUUCAACCCACCUCUGUCACCACACAUGGGCGGUAGCUGGGAGCGAUUGAUUCGCACCGUCAAGAACAACUUGAUGGUUGUUUGUUCGUCGAAGAAGACGUCCGAUGAAGUAUUCCGCAAUCUACUAACUGAAGUGGAGAAUACAGUCAACUCGCGUCCACUAACUCACGUGCCGAUUGAUGAGGAUUCGGCCCCAGCGUUGACUCCGAAUCACUUUCUGCUUGGAUCGUCCAGUGGUUCGAAACCGAUCACAAGCCUCGAUGAUAGCGGCGCAGCCCUGAGACAGAACUGGUGUACGUCGCAAAUUUUAGCGAACCAAUAUUGGAAGCGUUGGGUGUCGGACUACCUUCCAGAAAUCACUCGCCGAACCAAGUGGUUUCGUCAUACAAAACCGAUCGCCGUGGGCGAUAUUGUAGUCAUCGCUGAUUGCAACAUGCCCCGCAAUUGUUGGCCGAAGGGUAAAGUCAUCAGCACCAAAGUCAGUCAGGAUGACCAGGUUCGGUCCGCAACCGUGAGGACAGCGAGUGGCGUAUACGAUCGCCCGGCGACGAAGCUUGCUGUUCUAGACAUAUGGUGCGACGGAGAGUAA